AUGCCAUCCGCGCUGCACCCCCCGCGGGUCCUCCUCCAUCCCCCCCAAUUCACCACCGCCAUCGCGUCUCGCCUCAUCCACCAACAUCCUCACCACCACAACUACACCCUCCUCUCUGUACGCCCCUACGCCUCGCACUCCAAAUCAAAAUCCAACAGCAAAUCCCACACACGCCCUUCCUCCGCCGCCCAACCCACUACCACCACCACCACCACCCCAACCACAACAACCUCCACAGCAAUCCUCACCUCUCUAAACCCACCCCCAAGCACCCGACCCGCCUCACUCGCUCUCCCUCCGUCACCAGAAGACCCAAACACUCCCCUCCCCCCAUCCGCCAAACUAAAACGCUACAUCACCAUCGGCCGCGCAUACCUGACCUUCUACAAAACCGGUCUAAAAAACGUUUACCACAACUACCGCGCCGCGAUUCCUCUCCGCCGGACCUUGAACCUAUCACCAUAUGUCCCGAGCUCUAUACCACCAUCAUCUACCACCAAGGAUGCUAUCCCAUUCUACCAGACUCUACAGACUCACUCCCUCCACCGCUCCCACUUCCAACUCCUCCGCCGCUCCGCGCACGACAUCCGUCGCAUGAUCCCCUUCUCCCUCAUCCUGAUCAUUUGCGGGGAACUCACCCCGCUGGCUGUGCUCGCUCUCGGCAACGCCAUCACGCCCCUAACGUGUCGGAUUCCGCGACAGCUAGAGAAGGAGCGGGAGAAGCGGGCGCGGGCGAAACGCGAUGCGUUGGUUUCCCCGGGAACAGUGACGCCGCCGGAGACGGGGUCUCAGGACGAGAUGAGUGUGUUGAAGCGCAUGGUUGAUAGGAAGUGGAUUGAAGGUGCGGAGGCCGGGGAGGUGCUGCGGGCUUGUGCGGCGUUGGGAUUGGCUAGGUCGUAUGAGAGACCCGCGUGGUUGGUCGGGGUGGUGUAUCGGGGCAGGUUGAGACGCUAUGCGGAGUAUUUGGAGUGUGAUGAUGAGUUGAUUCGACGGGGUGGGGGGGUGGCUGAGAUGGAGGGGGAGGAGGUGCGCAUUGCGGUGGAGGAGAGGGGGGGUGUGGGUGUUGGAGUUGGAGAUGGGGAUGGACUGCAUGCAUAUAUGUACAUUAGUCAAAUCAAGAUAGUAACCAUGUCAUCUCCGAUCAAGUCCACAGAAUCCUCCCCGACGCCGCCAUCCGUCCAUUCAUCCAUCGUGACUCGUCACGCCAUUCCCUAUUUCCCCCCAAUCCAGCAAGCACCCCCACAAGGUAUCAUCAUAUCAUAUAUCCUGAAAUGUUCAAUAUACUUCAAAUCACAUUCAAGUCAGACAGCCACACACUAA